CCGUGUCUGUUGUCUCAGGUUUCAGGUCAUGGAUCCUGGAUAAGGUUUCUUCCACCCUCCUGGAAUGUGUGUACCUUUUUGCUGAAAAUCAACCCACAGCUUUGCAAUGGAGGACUUAAGGCAGAUAUAGAACUUGAAGAAUGAAGAACAGCCAUCAGGAAGAAAUGGACAUCCAGGAGACAGAGUUUAGAGGCCCGUCCCAGUCCAAACAGAACAGGAUCAUUUACUUCUCCAACGGUGAAACUAUGGAGGAGGAAGACAGUGAGGAGGAGGAAGAUGCAGAGGAACCUGCCUUCAGAGAAGAAAGGAUCAAGCCAUCAUGGAAGAAUGUGGCCGUUCUUGUUUGGAGAGCUUCACUCUUCACUUGUGAUUUCCUCGGCAAGAGAUGCGCCAGUCUGCUGGGACUGAAUGCCCCCAAAUACCAAUAUGUCAUCGAUCAUCAGCAGCAGAAGACAACAAAGAGACUAACCUUAGAGGGGCUUGGUGGAGGGAGGCAUCUUUCCCCCAAAUUGGAUGCCAGGCAAUAUGGAGCCAUGGAGGAAAUGAGAAAUCCCACCAGUCCUCAGGGGAGCAGUCAUGAGGAAUACGAGGACAGUGGUGGAGGACAUCCCAACAGAGGCUAUCAAGAUGAAGAUGACCAUAAACCGUAGGCCAGAACAUUCCAUGUCAGUUAACGGCCUCAGGAACACAACAGGAAGCAAUGCUGUGGGGAAAUGAAUGUUUGAAACGUAACAAAUGAGUGAGCGGACUCCAGACACAGAAGAGGCCAAGAACACAAGUUAAACUGCUCCAUCUCUGAAAGAAACCUUUUGAGUGCAUCUGAAUUGUGACCAGUAAACAGCUUUUUAGGUACGUUUUCUUGAAAUUCAACUCCACUUUGAGAAGCGAUCACAAAAAAUCAGAUGGGAUUGGAUUUGUUUGUUUGAGAGGGAACAAAAUAAAUAUUUUGCUGUUUUGUUUGUUUUUGGAAAUACGAGAAAUCGAAGGUAAGGUCAACCUUGGUUCCAGUGGACUAAUGUUUAUUUGUAGACUUUGAACGAGAUCCUCGCCAAACGUAAAAAAAUACAAUUUUACGUGGUGACGUGUACAUCUCAGUCUGUCACACGUUGCCUAACCCCCUAAAAUCCCAAACCGGCCUCUUGACCUGAAACAGGACGAAGUUCUUGUCAUUUUUAAUAGAAGCUCAUUUUUUUUCUGCCAUGCUUAAUGAGAUACUUAAUAUAGGUACUAAAAGAUUAAAUAGAAAUCGAUGAGUACGUCAGGUGAGCAUAAAUAUACGUCAUUUCCGGGUGGGGGUGUCCUGAGCCAGUUUUGUUUUUGUUUUUUAAUUUGUUUGUUUUUACACUGAAAGCGUUUUAAGCAGGUUUAAGGCCCUUUAAAGUGUUCUCUCUUUUUUUGCACGUUUGCUUCUUGUCAAUGAGGCUUUUCUGGAGAAAAUGAAUAUAUCACGGUUGUCGGAAAGUAACCACUAGAUGGCGACAAGUAGACAUAAAAAUUUCAUGACGUUGGUUCUGCACAUUUACACAGAAAUUAUUCCUUAAUUCCUUUGUUUCCGUUUUCAUGUUAGCAAAGAUAACGCCACAAAACAAAAACAAAAACUCUGCAAAUAUUAUUAAACCGUGAAAGCCAACAUGGAAUCA